AUGCAAGACUCUCCCGACAUCCGCCAUCUAGAACACCCAACCGAAACUAAUAACGAAUUCUCCAUGGAUGCUGAAUCGGCAUCCAUCGAAGAAUACGACUCGGACUCCUCAUCCGCCUCUUUCCUUCGAUCCACCACCCCCAAGACCCAGGAUUCCCCCACAACCAAUGACAAAUUGCUUCUCGACUCACUUUUUAAAGAAUCCUUUGGUACCAUUUCAAACACAAACAACCUCAUGACAACCACAAUCAGCCCUAGCUCCCUCUCUUUAAACCUGCAAUACAGCAGCUCCCACCAGGGACCUUUUGUUGUCUUCCUCGAACCAAUCCACCCAGAAAAAACAUCUGGAAGAUUACAUCCUACCACCAUUGGAAGGCUCAUAGCCGCCACUUACAAAGGCAAAAUCCACUCCAUAUCUUCCUCAGGCCCACUCAAAGUCUCUAUCUUCAUGACAGACGGCCUUUCCGCUAACCAGCUCCUCUCCAACCCUCUCCUUUCAAAAGAAAACCUCAAGGCCUCCAUCCCCCACCACUGUAUAUACAAACAGGGUGUUAUAAGAGACGUUCCCCUUGAUCUAACGGAGGACAUGAUCCUCACCUGUUUGAACGCCCCUCUAGCAUCAACUUCUCCUGUACACUCUGUAAAAAGACUCAACCGCAAGAUUCACGACAAAAAUACCAACUCAUCCUCUCUCACCCCAACCUCGUCAGUAAUGGUCACAUUCAUCGGCCAGACACUCCCCUCACACGUAUUCCUUUACUGCGUUCGUUAUCCCAUCAGUCCAUUCACUCAACCCAUUAAAUCCUGUUUUAAGUGCUUCAGAUAUGGGCACGUCAAAAACCUCUGCCGCUCAAAACACUCCCUCUGCUUGACCUGCGGUCUAAAUACCCACCCAGAAGGCACCAAUUGCCCCAGUGCUAACUCCCCUACUUGCAUUAACUGCAAAGGUUCCCACACCCCCCUAGAUAAAGCCUGCCCUGAGUACAUUUUCCAACAAAAAAUACACCUUCAUGCUGCCACCCACAACGUCUCACUCAUUGACGCAAGCUCCUACCUAAGAAAAUUCUUUCCCCCUAACCACCAAAGUCGCCACUCAAAUGUCAAGUCUCAUCUCCUGACCAACCAACUCCCCCCCAAUGUCAACCAACAUCUCUUCCCCUCUCCCUCUCCCUCACCCAAUUCUUCAACUACCUCCUCUCAUACACCUCACUACUCCUUUCCUUCCCUGACCCCUACCCUUACCUCAAACCCUCUAAAUAACUUACAUCUCCACUCCUAUGCUUCAAUCACAAAAUCCCCUCACACCUCAACUGAUACAACGCCUCUCACGUCUCAUCCCACCUCCCCUUCAAUGUCGCCUGUACCCUCCACAUCUGAAACCACCCCUCUAUCCAAGAAACAACAUGGUUCCCCCCCCAACCCCGGCAUAGCCACCCUCUGGAAUCAUACACCCGACACCCACACCGCCAAUCUGAAACAUCCAUCUCUUCUCCACCCAUCAACCCAACUAUCUCCAAAGCGCCUCUCCCCCUCACCAUCCAUACCUCAUCCCGUCAACCUCAAUACAGCAACAAUAGCAUCAUCAUCCUCCUCAAACCCCCAGAAACUAUCUCCACCAGCUGUCCAGCACAACUCUCAUUUACCGCACAACGAACUAACUCUGAACAACCUAUCGCAUGUCGUAGCUUCACUCAGAGAACUCAUAUCAACCCUUCUCGACCCUCUACUUGCUAUACUCGGUCAAUCUCACACCCUCAUUCCUAUUAAAUCGUCUCUCGACCAACUAAACUACACCCUAACCCUCCAUGACUACGACGUUAUCAUCUUACUUGAAACCAGACUCGCCCCCCACCACAACCCAUCCCUUAAGAACUUCACCAUCAUCAGAAAAGACAGACAAGACGCAGAAGGUGGUGGUGUUGCAAUCUGUAUUCGCAACAACAUCCCCUUCAGAAUUAUCAACUCAUUCCACAAACACAGAAUCCUCGAAUCCCUCGCUAUCUCAAUCGACUCACCAAACCACCCUAUACAUGUAGUCGCAGUUUACAGACCUCCAUCAAGAUCCCAAAGGCCAUUCCACAACCACUACUGGACUGCCCUACUAAAUUCCAUACCGAAUCUCACACAUACCAUCAUAGGCGGUGACUUCAACUGCCACAACCCAGCCUGGGGCAGCUCACAAUCAUGUCCCAUCGGGGACUGCACUCUUUCUACUUUUAACAACAACAACCUAGUAUUCCUCAAUGACGGGUCCCCAACCUAUAGAAGUCGCUCAAACCCCCUCUACACAUCAUGUAUAGAUCUUACUUUUGUAUCCCCCCAGCUUCUCACCAUUAGCAACUGGCGCGUAGCAAGUGAUAACUACAUGAGCGAUCACUAUCCUAUCUCUACCACCCUCGGCAUCUCAUUCACUUCCUCUCCCCGAAACUCCCACAGAUUUAACUUUAGAAAAGCCAGCGCCGAAGAUUGGUCCCUGUUUAAAUCCACCCUUGCAUCAUUCAGUUUCACGGAAGCUCCAUCUCAAUCCACCAAUGCCAAAUAUAACUUCCUCACCUCCAAAAUCCUCGAGGCAGCCUCUCUCAUAGUCACCAACCCAUCACCUUCUAACCGUCCCCAUAGAAACAAACCUAGUCACCCCCCCUGGUGGAACUCUGACUGUGCCAAAGCUGACAAAGCUCGCAAAGUCGCACUUAGAAAUUUCAGACGUAACCCCAACCUCUAUGACUCCCUUGUUGAAGCAGAAAACUUCGCCAAAAAAACGUUCAAAAAACAAAAGUCGGAAUCCUUCAAGGAAUUCUGCGAAAAUCUCUCCCCAUCCUCUCCCCCCUCCCUAAUUUGGAACACCGUCAAAAAAUUUCGCCACAAAGCCCUCUCAGCCUCAUCCUCUCCUAGCAACUUAAAGAACGUAGACUCCAUGAGAAAUCUUAUUGAUACACUAUGCCCCAGCUCAUGCCUCUUUCCUAACUUCCCCACAUCAUUCUCAGCCACACAGGAUACUAUAAACUUCUUUUCCAAACCCUUCACCGAAUCCGAAUUGAACUUUGCCAUCAAAAAAACCCGCACCAAAAUAAACUCAGCCCCAGGCCUCGACCGCAUAGAUAAUAUUAUCAUAAAUAAGUUACCUCAUAACAUCCGAACAUCCCUCCUCGAAAUUUUUAACGAAAUCUUUUCACAGGGCACUUUCCCAGACUCCUGGAAAGAAUACCUCACUUUCUUCAUCCCAAAAGGUCUCUCCGACAAGUACAGACCCAUCUCCCUAGCACAGUCCCCUCUGAAACUCCUGGAAAGACUCAUCCACAACAGGCUGUCCUGGUGGAUAGAACACCACCACCUCUUACCAUCUCACCAAUUCGGAUUCCGCAAAGGCAAAUCUUGCCUAGACAACCUUUCCAUUCUCACUUCGUCCAUCUACUCAAGCUUCGCCCAGAAAGGCUACACUGCAGCCCUCUUCCUCGAUGUAAAAAGUGCCUUUGACUGCAUUGACCCCAUUUCCCUAAUCCAAAAUCUAAAGAACCUUGGGCUUCCUGAAAAUAUUUGCCGUUUCUUCUAUAAUCUUACCUCCUCAAGAAAAAUCUCCUUCAAAGUGAACGGUGAGCUGCUAGGCCCCUACUCUUCCUACCAAGGUCUUCCCCAGGGCUGCAUCUCCAGCCCCGCACUCUAUAACCUCGGCACAAAAGACAUUGCUAAAUACCUAGACCCCACGUGCAAAUGCAUCAGCUUUGCAGACGACAUAGUCAUCUUCGCCUCCUCAGACGACCCAGAACUUAGCUUAGCCAUUAUAGAAUCCAACACCCCCAAGACUAUCUCAUACCUCAACAAACAAGGCCUCUCCAUCGCCCUCCCCAAAUCUAAAUUAGUCAUCUUCACUGAAAACGCAAUAGACACAUCCCAGUACUCCUUAAACCUCGAAGGCACCCUUAUCCCAGUCUCAAACUCAGCUAAAUUCCUUGGCAUACAUUUGGACAGCACGUUGUCAUGGUCCGAACAAUUAAACCACCUAUCUCUCAAGAGUGCCACCACCGUUAAUCUCAUCCGCUCCCUCCGCACAACUUGGUGGGGCGCCCAUCCAUCAACCCUCCUCAAUAUACACAACGCCCUACUACAAGGCUCCAUUGAUUAUGCCCUGCCCUGCAUCCUUCCCCGCAACAGCACCUUCAUGCACAAACUCGGUGUCAUUCAAAGACAGUCUAUUAGAGCAGCCCUCGGUCUCCGCAACUCAACUCCCAACAGAGUAGUAUAUGCCGAAUCGAAAAUCCUACCCCUACCACUCAGGCAAGAAAAAUUAGCAAUGAACUACAUCUCCAAAAGCCUCUCCUUCACCAAUCAUCCUGCCAUCCAGUCGAUCCAACAUCUUUCCCAAAACACUUCAACUCCUGAAGGUUCCAGAUUCCUCUCUCACCCCCUUGUCAUAGCACUCUUCAAGCUUUCACCCCAUCAAAAUAACAUUUUCUCCAGCUCAGUACCUCCCUGCUUUUUCUUUUCCAUGGACAGCCAACAACUCAACCCAAACAUCAUGCUUUCAACAGGAGCCACUCUCACCACUGCCCAAGAUCCAAAAACUGAGUUCUUAGACCUUUUCAGUUCUCAGCUAUCCACUCACACACCUUUCUUUACAGACGGCUCCAAAACAGACCAGUACACUUACACUGGUCUUGCUUUCUACUGCCCCCCUCCCAAUGGCCACACCUUCAAAGGUCGCAUCUCCCCCCAUGCAUCCAUCUUCACCGCAGAAGCCCUAGCUAUCUACCUCACCCUAGAAUAUAUAAUAGAAAACGACAUAAGCCACUCAAUUAUCUUCUCAGACUCACGUAGCUCUUUAGAAUCCAUAGCUGAUACCUCUCCCCUCAAUGUAACACAUCAUGUAACGAUCCACAGAAUCAAGAAAGCUCUUCUGGAGCUUAGCUUGGCCAAUAAAUCUGUAAUCCUCGCCUGGAUCCCUAGUCAUAAGGGAAUCCCAGGGAACGAAAUAGUAGACCAACUCGCAAAGGACGCAAUAUCUAGCGGUACACAUAUCAAUUACCCCCUUCCCUACUCUGACAUCCAAGCCCUUUUCAACUCUGAAAUAUCCCUCAAAUUCGCACAACUCAUAGAAGAAGACACUUCCGGCAAAGGCCUCUUCUACAUCAAUACAUGCUUCAAAACCUCCUCUAAACCCUGGUUCCAUUCCCUCCCACUCACAAGAGACCAAGUCACUUCCUUUAGCAGAAUGCGCUCCAAUCAUUACAACCUCGCAUUCAGCCUUCAUCGCAAAAACCUAAUCGUCAACCCCUUAUGUCAAUGCGGAAAUGACGUAGAAGACCUCAACCAUAAAAAAAUGCAAGACUCUCCCGACAUCCGCCAUCUAGAACACCCAACCGAAACUAAUAACGAAUUCUCCAUGGAUGCUGAAUCGGCAUCCAUCGAAGAAUACGACUCGGACUCCUCAUCCGCCUCUUCCCUUCGAUCCACCACCCCCAAGACCCAGGAUUCCCCCACAACCAAUGACAAAUUGCUUCUAGACUCACUUUUUAAAGAAUCCUUUGGUACCCUUUCAAACACAAACAAUCUCAUGGCAACCACAAUCAGCCCUAGCUCCCUCUCUUUAAACCUGCAAUACAGCAGCUCCCACCAGGGACCUUUUGUUGUCUUCCUCGAACCAAUCCACCCAGAAAAAACAUCUGGAAGAUUAUAUCCUACCACCAUUGGAAGACUCAUAGCCGCCAUUACAAAGGUAAAAUCCACUCCAUAUCUUCCUCAGGCCCACUCAAAGUCUCUAUCUCCAUGA